GCGCCGCAAAACAAAACAUAAAGAACAAGAAAAAGAAAAAAAAUGGAGUUGAAGAAGUACUUGUUCGUCUUGGUAUUGACCAAUGUCUUCUUGUUCGGUGACCGUUUAUUCGCCGACGGCCUUGGCUGCAAUUGGGGCACACAGGCCACCCACCCCCUCCGCCCCGACAUAGUUGUGAAGCUAAUGAAAGACAAUGGUUUCGAUAAGGUCAAACUUUUCGAAGCGGAUCCCGGUGCCAUGCUCGCGCUCGGUAGGUCCGGUAUUCAAGUCAUGGUCGGAAUUCCGAACGACAUGUUAGCAUCUUUGGCUAGUAGCGUUCGUGUCGCCGAGGAUUGGGUGUCGCAUAACGUUUCCUACUAUUUGUCCAACAAGGGAGUCGACAUUAGGUAAACAAAAAUUAUUUUAACUCAGCGACAAGGG